AUGUCGUCCUCGAGAGUUGCAGUCCCGCCACGACCACGCCCUCGGAUGCCCCUGGUGUACUCCCUGCCCGUUCAGUGUUUGAAAGAGCUUGCAGCUCAUGACGCGCCCGGCGCGGCGCUCGGAGCUGUAAUAGAGGUCAAAUCGAUGCAGCUCCCAAGACUAUAUAGUCUGUUGAUGACGGACGAGCUGCCGCUUCUUCUCGCUAUCAAUCCCAGUCUUUCGGUCCGACUGUUGAGGCACGAAUCUACGAUCAUGGCUUCCGAAGCUUGUGUUGUCCACUUUCUUAAUCAGCCAGACCCGCGUUUGCAGUCAACCGGAUCCCCUCGCGGCGAAGAGGAAAUCCUGUCGAGCUCGAUGCAGUUGCUAGGGCUGGUCCCCAAACUCCUCAAACACUCGUCAACUAGCAGGGAAAGCGCGUACCCGUACAGCAUUUUCGAACCCACGGCUGGCGUAGUCAUCUCGAUGCUGUCUCCUCCACUAAGCCCUUCCAACCGCCGAUCGGUCGACAAGGAAAUCGGCGCCAUGGCAAGGGCGCUGGCGUCUCGGACAUCCCCUACUGGUACUUUUGGGAUGGCAAGUCGGAUUCUUUCCGAUCCUUCCUGCAAAGCGACAUUAACAUCGCCGAAGGUCUCCGGGUCGAAGACUUGGUCUGAAGCUUUCCAGACUUUGCUUGAAGCAGUGUUGAGAGAUGGCGAGGAUAUGUCGGUUUUGUUGCCGUACGAAACCAUCCGUACGCACUACCGAAAAUUAUGCUGGCGUCUCGAUGCAGUCAAGACGCCCAGGCUGGUGGUCAUCAACGUAAACAGUGACGACAACGUGAUGGUGGAAAGGAGGUUCAGCAGCAAAGGCGAGUCAACGAAGCCAGUUGAGACUGCGAGGUUGACGGGUCUUCGAAACUGGAGUCAAGGCAUCUUUGGGGAUCCAGUAUUGUCCAGUUGCUUCGACGAUCCCAGCGACGAGUUCAUAGAGGGCUGGCAGGAUGGCGGCGAGGAAGUCAUCGAGGACGAGGAGAACAUGAAUGGCCGGUCGCUUUUGUAUCAGUGUUACCGGGCCGUCGUCAUGAUUGUUACGGAAUACUACAGACCGCAGACCGACAGCAAGAGGGAGCUUAACGGCCGGAGGAGACUGACGAGCGCUCUCAAAGAGCUUAACGAAAUGUUUAACGACGAAGACGAAACGAUAAAGAGGGUGCGAAGUCUAUCGAUAGCGGAGAUCACGAGGUCACCAAAGAGGCACAAGCUCUCUGAAGAUUAG